AUGGACGACUGGGUGGAUCUGAAGGCGUUCCGGAAGCUGUGGAACAAGCUGAUCAAGAGCUGGUGGAAGGCUAGGCAACCUACGGUUCUCGAAGUGGACUACACGUUCGUCAAGCCUGGUGUGGUCGGCAAACUGCGCAAAAAUCAACGCAAUGCAGACAAUUUCAUCGGUAAGUCUUGCAAAAUGAAGCUGCAAAGCUCGUAUACUAUCUGCGCAUACGCUGUAGGUCCCAAGGAGUUGUGGAAGUACGCUACACGGGAGGGAUUAGUUACAGACGCUCUGCAACAUGACGCGGCCCCGCCUCCAAAGAAGCCGCCGAUGGGAAAUCUUGCUGCAUACGCAGCAGCAAAACAACGUGCCAAAAACCUUCAACCGAUGCCUGGCGUCAACAAGGGGCUACGGUGA